GGGCUUGGGAAGUAAAGGACAGUUUUUGCCCUUCCUGGAAUUACCACCGAGAGCAUCUAUGAAGUUCUGACUGUGUGUAACAGAAGAACACAACAGGAUGACAAACUAGUGACUUUUAAGAGCAGCCAACAAGCACAUAGGGAUUCUUUCACCAAAUACAGGAUCCAUCUGACAAUAUGCUGCCACAAAUAGCUCUUUUGCUGCUAAUGUCCUUGAACUUGGUUCAUGGAGAGUUUUAUGCUGAGCGAUACCAAACACCUACAGGCAUCAAAGGCCCACAACCUAACACCAAGGCACAGUUCUUCAUCCCCUACACCAUAAGGAGUAAAGGUAUACCAGUAAGAGGAGAGCAAGGUAUACCUGGUCCUCCAGGUCCCGCUGGGCCUCGAGGGCAUCCAGGUCCUUCUGGACCACCAGGAAAACCAGGCUACGGAAGUCCUGGGCUCCAAGGAGAGCCAGGGGUGCCAGGACCACCAGGACCUUCAGCCAUUGGGAAGCCAGGUGUGCCAGGACUCCCAGGAAAACCAGGAGAGAGAGGACCACACGGACCAAAAGGCGACAUUGGACCAGCUGGUUUACCAGGACCCCGAGGUCCACCAGGGCCACCUGGAAUCCCUGGCCCGGCUGGAAUUUCUGUGUCAGGAAAACCUGGACAACAGGGACCUACAGGAGCCCCAGGACCCAGGGGCUUUCCUGGGGAAAAGGGUGCACCAGGAGUCCGUGGUGCAAAUGGACAGAAAGGGGAGACAGGAUAUGGUGCCCCCGGUCGCCCAGGUGAGAGGGGCCUUCCAGGUCCUCAGGGUCCCAUGGGACCACCUGGCCCUCCCGGGGUAGGAAAAAGAGGUGAAAAUGGGUUUCCGGGACAGCCAGGCAUCAAAGGUGAUCGGGGAGUUCCAGGAGAAAGGGGACCAAUGGGCCCAACAGGCCCCCAAGGUCCUCCUGGGGCACGAGGACCAGAAGGCAUUGGAAAGCCAGGAGCUGCUGGAACCCCUGGCCAGCCAGGGAUUCCAGGAGCAAAAGGCCAUCCUGGGACUCCAGGAAUAGCUGGGCCCCCAGGGGUUCCUGGCUUUGGGAAACCAGGCUUGCCAGGCCUGAAGGGACAAAGAGGACCUGCCGGCCUUCCAGGGGGUCCAGGUGCUAAAGGGGAACAAGGACCCGUAGGUCAUCCUGGGGAGCCAGGUCUGACUGGCCCUCCUGGAAAUAUGGGACCCCAAGGACCAAAAGGCAUCCCAGGCAAUCACGGUAUCCCAGGCGCCAAAGGAGAGACAGGGCCAGUUGGGCCUGCAGGACAUCCUGGAGCUAAGGGAGAAAGGGGUUCCCCUGGGGUAGAUGGAAAACCAGGGUAUCCAGGAGAACCUGGUCUCAGUGGUCAUAAAGGUAACCCAGGAUUACCAGGCCCUAAAGGUGACCCUGGAGUUGGAGGACCUCCUGGUCUCCCAGGCCCUGUGGGCCCAGCAGGCGCUAAGGGAGUGCCUGGACACAAUGGAGAGGCUGGUCCAAGGGGUGCCCCUGGAAUACCAGGUACUAGAGGUCCCAUUGGGCCACCAGGCAUUCCAGGAUUUCCUGGAUCAAAAGGGGAUCCAGGAAAUCCAGGUCCUCCUGGCCCAGCUGGCAUAGCCACUAAAGGCCUCAAUGGACCCACUGGACCACCAGGGCCUCCAGGUCCAAGAGGCCACACUGGACAGCCUGGUCUCCCAGGGCCCCCAGGGCCCCCAGGCCCACCAGGUCAAACAGUGAUGCCCGAAGGCUUUAUAAAGGCAGGUCAGAGGCCUGGUCUUUCUGGGAUGCCUCUUGUUAGUGCCAACCAGGGAGUAACAGGAAUGCCAGUGUCUGCAUUUACUGUCAUUCUCUCCAAAGCUUACCCAGCAAUAGGUGCUCCCAUCCCAUUUGAUAAGAUUCUGUAUAAUAGGCAGCAGCACUAUGACCCAAGAACUGGAAUCUUCACCUGCAGGAUACCAGGGAUAUACUAUUUCUCCUACCACGUGCACGUGAAAGGGACUCAUGUUUGGGUAGGCCUUUAUAAGAAUGGCACCCCAGUAAUGUACACCUAUGACGAAUAUGCCAAAGGCUACCUGGAUCAGGCUUCGGGGAGCGCCAUAAUCGAGCUCACUGAAAAUGACCAGGUGUGGCUCCAGCUGCCCAAUGCCGAGUCCAAUGGCCUGUACUCCUCUGAGUAUGUCCACUCCUCUUUCUCAGGAUUCUUAGUGGCUCCAAUGUGAGAACAUUCCCACUCAGCUAAUCUAAACCCAUAGACAUUUCCCAACUCCAUUCCACCCCAUGAAACCUAUAUGGAGGUAGGCUGAAAAAUGUCACUUUAAUUUUCCAAAAUACAGAUUUGAGCUUUUAGACUAGCAAAUGUUCCCCCUGAAAAAGUGAGCUGCAGUGGUAAACGAUAUGUGAAGACCCCCUUGAAAUUCUAGUCAGCAAUCCUAAGGCCCUUUAAUUUUCCGUGAACCUCUUCAAUAGUUACAAAUUUUACCAUAAGAGUCCUGUUAAGUUAAAAAAGUACAACUAUCACAAAAAACAGAAAUAGAACUCUAAAUUGUGUUAAAUUUGUUUUCAGAAACAGCAUAGCCUAUUAAAAUAAGCCUAUUUCUAAUGAU